AUGACGAACAGCUCGACCUGCACCGAAACAGACCUCAAGCCCUACUACGCCAUUACGUACACCUUCAUCCUGAUCCCUGGACUAAUAGGAAACACGUUAGCUUUGUGGGUCUUCUACGGGUACAUGAAAGAGACUAAAAGGGCCGUAAUAUUUAUGAUCAAUUUAGCCAUUGCCGACUUGUCGCAGGUUUUGUCCUUGCCCCUGAGGAUUUUCUACUACUUGACCGGGACGUGGGAAUUUGGAGGAGGCCUCUGCAUGCUCUGCUUCUACCUGAAGUACGUCAAUAUGUACGCAAGCAUCUACUUCUUGGUCUGCAUCAGCGUAAGACGGUAUUUGUUUCUUAUGUACCCAUUCAAAUUCAACGACUGCAAGCGCAUCUGUGAUGUGUAUAUCAGCAUCGUUGGGUGGGUCGUGGUCUGCGUCGGCUGUUUGCCCUUCCCACUGCUCAGACUUCACCAGGAUACCAAAAACACGUGUUUUGUGGAUCUCCCCGUAAAGGACGUGGAGCUCCCCACCUCCAUCGCAAUGAUGACGAUCGGCGAAUUGGUGGGGUUCGUCACACCCCUACUCAUCAUCCUAUACUGCUCGUGGAAGACUAUCUUAUCACUAAAAGAAAAAAAUUCCGCUUCACAUGACCUCGGAGAGAAAAAAAAGGCCUUAAAGAUGAUUCUCACCUGCGCUCUGGUAUUUCUGAUUUGCUUUGCACCUUACCACAUCAGCUUUCCGCUAGAUUUCUUUGUCAAAACCAAAAAGAUUAAAAACGGGUGCGUCCAAAAGGUGAUUUCAGUGUUCCACGUCGUCGCUCUGUGCCUUGCCAGCUUGAACUCCUGCGUGGACCCGGUCAUCUACUACUUCACUACAGACGAGUUCAGGAGACGCCUUUCCAGGCAGGAUCUGCAAGACAGCAUCCAGCUCCACAGCCUCAGUUACGCGAGGAAGCACUCCAGAGACGUGCUCAGCCAGAACGCCAUGGACUGCUAG